GGCCGCCGGGACGGCUCCGCCCGGCCCCGAGAGGCCGGCCGGCGUCCCGUCAGGCGCCGCGCGGGGUCAGCGCGGGGUCGAGGGGCCAGGCGCGGGGCGGCCGGGGCUCCGCGGCUCCGCCGAGCGGACGCAGGAUGUACACGCUGCUGUCGGGCCUGUACAAGUACGUGUUCCGGAAGGACGAGUACUGCGUGCUGAUCCUGGGCCUGGACAACGCUGGCAAGACGACCUUCUUGGAGCAGUCAAAAACCCGGUUCAACAAGAGCUACAAGGGGAUGAGUCUGUCCAGAAUCACCACCACCGUGGGCCUGAACAUUGGCACUGUGGAUGUGGGGAAGGCCCGCCUCAUGUUCUGGGACUUGGGGGGGCAGGAGGAGCUUCAGUCUCUGUGGGACAAGUACUACGCAGAAUGCCACGGCGUCAUCUACGUCAUCGACUCCACGGACGAGGAGCGGCUGUCCGAGUCUAAGCGAGCGUUCGAGAAGAUGGUGACAAGUGAGGCACUGGACGGUGUCCCCAUCCUGCUGCUGGCCAACAAGCAGGAUGUUGAGACGUGCCUCUCCAUCCCUGACAUCAAGACGGCGUUCAGCGACUGUGCCUCCAAGAUCGGCAGGCGCGAUUGCCUGACCCAGGCCUGCUCAGCCCUCACAGGCAAGGGGGUGCGCGAGGGCAUCGAGUGGAUGGUGAAGUGUGUCGUGCGGAAUGUGCACCGGCCACCGCGGCAGCGGGACAUCACGUAAGCGCAGCCAGCCCGUGGUGCCCACCACCCCUCCAGAAGAGCUCCUGCAAGCCCGUGCUGCCAGUACCCCCAGGGCAUGGGUUGGGUUUGCCUUUGAGUUCUUCCACUUGCUUUGUUUUUUCUCUAAGACAAACUUUUCUGUGUCUAGAAAAGUGUAGGCAUCCGGAGGCUUCUUCUGCCGAGGGGGGCCAGGGCCACAGGGACCCCAGCCGACCCCCACAUCCAGCCUGGGCACCCCUCUCCCUUUGGAACUGCUGCUCCAGCAGCCCUGCCGGCCUGGCCCCAGGUGGGGCCUCAGGGGGAGCUGCUCAGGAGGGGGUUUUGCAGAGUGUGGGGCCGCUGUGGCGCCCGCUGCACUGUGCCCACCUCAGCCUCUGUGCCCUCUGGUCCUGGAGGUGGGCUAGAGGCGGGUGCCACCGUGAAGGAGACCUGGGCCCGUCUCUGUCCCUGUCCUGACGGCCUCAGGACGGGGCAGGGGUGGUCUACCUGGGAGGCCACAUGUCCCCUCCACUGACCCGGCCACCUUGUUUUGAUCCCCAGGGAGGACAGGAAAGCUAGGUGGUUGCUGGGAGUGGGUGCCUGCAUCCCCAGGCCUGCCUGCCACCCCCCUAGGAUGACUAGCACUACCAGUUCAGGGGGUGCUGGGAAGGCCAGUGGGGUCCCAGGGUGGGCCGGCACCCCCAGCUGGGGUGAGGCCUGUGUGCAGGAGCCCAGGCCUCCCGGCGAGGCUGCUCCUCACGCCCCUCGCUCCCACCCUGUGAGCCUAGCCGUGGGCAAAAUAAAGUCCCUUGCAGCGACUCCCGUCUGCCGUCGCUCCAGAGGCCUGG